GUCACAAUUCCGGAUACAUUUGGGCUUGCCCCUUCAUCUCUCUCUCUCUCUCUCCCAUUUUCAAACUUUUCUCUCAGAGUAAUGAUGAAGAGGAAGAGAAACUCAAAGGCAGUUGGAAGCCAACAUGUGGAAAGAGAUGCAGAUGAAGAGACUGAGACAAAGAGUACUUCUAUACUGGAUUUACCCGAUUUUAUCUUUAAAGAUGUUGUGCUGCGACUCCCACUCAAGGCAAUCAUCAUGUGCAAGUGUGUUUGUAAACCUUGGCGCCGUAUCAUAUCAGAUCCUCAGUUUGCUAAGAUGCAUUUUGCCAGUGCACAGCCUUGUCCUCUGGUUAGGACUUUGGGUAACUCAAGAGUUUCAAGAAUGCUUUACCUAAUUGAACCGUCCGAGAUUAAUGUGAGCUACAAUUCAGAUAACUAUUCUCCUGAUGGGGUUAAUUUGAAGCUAGAGACCAAGUUGAAGAUCCCGCUGCGCAAUGCUGAAAUGGUGCCUCAGAAUCCUAGUGGUGCCAAAUUGAGUCUUUGCAGUAAGGGUGGCUCUAAGAAGCGUUGCAUGAAUGUGAGAACCAUAAAAGUGAGGACGAAAGAGCAGAAGUUCCAAAUUGUCAAUUCAUGCAAUGGAAUUCUUUGCUUGUCAGAUCCCUCAUAUAACAAUCCUCUUGCCAUAUGUAACCCAGUAACAGGCGAGUAUUUAAACCUUCCAGCGAUAGAUGAAGUUGAUAACAGCUUGAAUGAUAUAGUAUCUUGUGGAUUUGGCUUCAGUGAGAAGACUAACGAAUAUAAAGUUAUUAGAUUGUUUGAUCAAGGACGUCCGGAGCUUAUUAGUUGCCCAAUUACAGGUAAAGAAGUUUUUGGUAAAAGAGUGGCUGAGGUACACACAGUUGGCUCAGGAUCUUGGAGACGCAUUGGUCAUGCUCCAUCUUAUGGUUGUGAACUGAGAUUUACUACCUGUCUGAAAGGAUCUCUUCAUUGGAUCCGUAAAGAUGACAGGAAAUUGGAUUUCAUAUACUCUUUUGAUCUCAGCCAAGAGCAAUUUAAAGCAAUUCAGCCACCUCCAUUAGAGCACCGGAUGAAGGAUUGGGAUAAUCUGCGUAAUCUGAGCCUGGGAGUGUUAAAUAAUAGCUUGUGUUUGUGUGUCGGCCCAGUCUUUGAUGACAUCGACAUAUGGGUUAUGCAGAAACAUGGUGAACCCAAAAGUUGGACAAAGUUCAUUUCAAUUAACUUGUCUGUUUAUGAUAGAUGGCCAGUCGGUGUCUACCACCCCAUAAAUUUCCUAGAAAGUAAAGGGCUGUUGAUGUUUCAGUGUCCUAAAAGUGCAUUCAUGUAUUAUGAACCUCAAUUUGAUCAAUGGAAGUACUUCAGAAUUCAAGACAUCAAAAUGAAAUUUGAAGCAGUUGCUCAUACUCCAAGUCUCAUCUUGCUCAAGGAUGUUGUGACUGGUGACAAUGCUGAGAUACUGAAUGUCAAUUCAAGGUGAUGUUUUACUGAGUCUUGAUUUGUCUUAAUUAAACUAUUGCUUUUGAUAUGUUAUUCUUUGUCUCUCCUUUAGGGUACUAGUUGAUGUUGCAUUGGAUCUUAGUCUUGUUCAAUUAAGCUGAGGAUUUAUUUUCCUUUGCAAGGGGUAGACUAAACAAUUACACCCGAUAUUAUAGACCUCUGGGGAAAAAUCUGAUCAUCACAGAUUUAGUUUGUGCAACCAGUUAGGAGCACAUGUAAAUUCCUAUGCUGUUUUGCAUGAAAACAUCACUACUAAAACUCUGCAUCUUCAAAUGAACCAUACUGACAUUUGUUGCUGACGUUCUCUAUAGCUCAAAAUCCAUUAUAUCCGAUAUUAUCAUGCUCAAAAUUGCAUAUCUCUUGUAUGAAUGAGCAAAUGAGAUGACUUGCACUUAUGCGUGUAUAUGCUUAUAAGGCAUUAUUUUUCAUACAUUUUUUACUCAUGUUUUAAAUUGAAGACUUGUAAUUGUGGGUCUAUUUUCUUGAGUUUUAUGUUGAUGCAACACCUGCUCGUGCUUUUCUAGUUGUUGAUUGAGCAUGAUGGUCUCAAAUGAAAUUAAGUGCUAUGCCUGGAUAGAUAGUUUAAUAUAUACUAUUAUAACAGUGUUCAAAGAGGUUUUAUGACUUCAGAAGCUGCAUUUCCUUGUCUAUUAUUUUGUAGUGUCUUUUUUAGAGUUCGCUGUUUUAGCUGUUAAGGACUAAGGACUUGUACAUUUCGUGGGAUCCUCGUGUAUGGCGCUUGCUUGAUGCCAUCAAUCUACUCCGUGUGAUAGAACUUAGUAACUAGGAUUAUAAGUAAUCUUAUCGGCCUGUUGAUCCUGCCAAGUGGUUCAUUUUCCAAAUAGUUUUGCUUUCAUUAAUUUUGAUAUUGUUGUGCAGUAGAAAUGUUUAACUAGAUUUUUUAAUGUGCAAUCAAUCAUUUAGUAUACAAUGACGUAAGGAAAUAAGACUACUAGUUUUGCAGUCCCAAAAUGCUGUCAUUCUUAUGGUAUGUGCUCUGUUUUUUGGUUUACGACUUUCCAUAAGUUUUUUUUAUCAAGUUGUACAGUAUUAGAUACUGUUUGUACACAC